CCGCUGUGCGCUCCACACCGCCCUGCCCGCGGCUCUGCGGCGCGCACUCGCUCCCGAGAGCUGCCCCGGAAAGGAUGAAAUACCUCCUGGACAUUUUCCUGUUGCCGAUCUUGCUCAUCCUCUUCUACUUGGAGUCGUUCGUCAAGCUUUUUAUUCCCAAGAGGAGAAAAUCAGUCGCCGGAGAAAUCGUGCUCAUCACUGGAGCUGGCCAUGGAAUCGGGAGACUGACCGCCUAUGAAUUCGCCAAACUUAACUCCAAGCUGGUUCUCUGGGAUAUCAAUAAGAAUGGCAUUGAAGAAACGGCUGCUAACUGCAGGAAACUGGGUGCGCUGGCUUAUCCCUAUGUAGUGGACUGCAGCAAACGAGAAGAGAUUUACAGCUCAGCAAAGAAGGUGAAGGAAGAAGUUGGAGAUGUUAGCAUUCUGGUGAAUAAUGCUGGGGUGGUCUAUACAGCAGACUUGGUUGCUACACAAGACCCUCAGAUUGAAAAGACGUUUGAAGUUAAUAUUCUUGCACAUUUUUGGACUACGAAGACAUUUCUUCCAGUGAUGAUGGCAAACAAUCAUGGUCAUAUUGUCACCGUGGCAUCAGCAGCUGGGCAUAUUGCAGUUCCCUUCUUACUGACCUAUUGUUCCAGCAAGUUUGCUGCGGUCGGGUUCCACAAAGGUCUGACUGAAGAACUGGUGGCCUUGGGAAAAACGGGAAUUAAAACAUCGUGCCUCUGCCCUAACUUCAUAAAAACUGGCUUCAUCAAAAACCCGAGUACCAACUUGAUCUCCACCCUGGAACCUGAAUAUGUGGUAGAGAAGCUCAUGGAGGGGAUCUUGACUGAACAGAAAAUGAUUUUUAUUCCAGCUUCUCUGUCACCGUUACUAAAACUGGAAAGGAUCCUUCCUGAGCGUUUUCUGUCCAUUGUAAAACAAAAGAUCAAUGUUAAGUUUGAUGCAGUUAUUGGGUACAAAGUUAAGUAACAAUGAGUGCCUGCUUUCUUGAAAAUGGAUUUACCAGGUUAAAGUUGAUGUUACCUAAUAUUAAUCAGUAGUUUAAUAACUUUACUUUGUUUUUCCAGAUUAUUCUUUUUACUUCAGUAUCACCUUUUGUUGGUGUCAAAGUACUCAUGAAAAUUAAUUUUUUAUAAUACAACCAAAAAUCCCUAAGAAUUUAUCUUAUGGAAAAUGAGAGAAAAAACAAUUCAUGGCAAUAAUUUCCCACAUUUUGUAACUCACAAAAUUUUCCAGAGCUUGUACCGUGGAUUUUUAUUUAAGAUAUUUUAAUUGCACUUUCAUUUGAUGUCAUCCACAUUUUCUUUUUUAGUCUAUAUAAAAUUAGAAACUUUAACCUCUCAAGAUGUAAUGGACUGUGUCUUGUCAUUUAACAAUGGAUUUCAUGAGCUCUGAAACAUUCCAGCCUACACAUGACCACUGUUUCCUGACGUGCCUCACAUCUCAAUAAGAAUUUCAUUCCAAGGAAGCUGAAGGUGGAUGCUAAUUGCAAGUAUAAUGGCAUCCCUGUGAGUUCAGACAGCUAUGGAGGAUGGACCUCUAAAUGGCAACAAUAAAUGAGCGAGAUUUAAA